UUUACAUGAAGUGCACAGCGACGGACGACACUGUCCUGGAGGAGCAGGCGUCCGAGUCAGGGACGAGCGGGCAAGAGCAUGAGGUGAAGAUGAUUGUGGCCCCGCCCGACCCGGAGGACAAGCCGGGGCCUCCCAGCCCCACGGAGGAGCUGGAGUGUAAGAUCUGCUACCAGCGCUACAACACCCACAACCGCAAGCCCAAGAUCCUGGACUGCCUGCACCGCGUGUGCGCCCGAUGCCUCAACAAAAUCCUGGACAUGGGCGACGGCUCGGGUUGCAUCUCUUGCCCCUUCUGCCGCCACGAGACCGAGGUCAGCGAGUACGAGGUGUCGGGCCUCCCCGACGACUCCAACAUCAUGUCCCGCCUGGCCGCCACCCGCGACAAGUCCUGGAGCUCCGCCGACAGCAGCAAGGAGGUGGUGCUGACGCCCAAGAGCCUGUCUUCAUCCAGCCCGUCCCACGACUCCUCCAACUGCCUGGUCAUCACCAUCAUGGAGGUGCAGAGUGACUCGCAGCGCUCGCCCAGCCGGAACGACAGCUCCGACUACUACGCCGAGCAGAGCCUGGACUCCGUUUCGGUGGCGUCCAACGGUCCUGCCGACCAGGACGCGCUGUCCAAGCUGUGCAACCACGUCCCCCGGAUCCUGGUGUGGCUGCUGGGGUUCUUCUACUUUGGCUCGCUGCCGCUCGGCAUCUACCUGCUGGUGAUCCAGAGGGUCACGCUGGGCAUCGUGUGUGUCAGCCUGGUGCCCUCCAGCCUGACUGUGUGCCUCGUUUACGGCUUCUGCCAGUGCCUGUGUCAGGGCAUGUGUGACUGCUCUUCCAGGGCCUGACUGACUGACUUGCUGAUUGGCUGGUGUCAUGGGUUUCUGGCAAUGGUCCCUUGGGUGAUUGGUCACCAGAUGAACAGCUGGGUAUUUUCGAGAGGACUCUGUGCGAGGGGAAAGCCGCGUUGUAGGGGUUGGAGAUUACCCACGAUGCUCUGUGUUCCUUUCUCCCGGUUCCGGGGAUGACAACAGCUUAGUGUCAGUUCUCACUGCUAAGGAUGUGUUCUUAGACCAAGACUUAGGACAACUGAGCACUCUCAAAGAGUAGCCCAAGCCUGGCUACGAUGCACCCAAUUGGUAGUCAAUGUUUCUGUGUUUCUGUGUGUGUGUGUGAGGAUGAACAGUCCCUCUGUGCCAAGCCGUUAUCCCCCAGGUCAUGUGACGUGUUGUGUUCCACAAAAAGUACCCCUCUUUUUGUCUUACUCUCUUUCCUCUCCGCUUUCUCCGUCCUCCUCUAUAAAAUCCUCUCUCUCUGCCCUCCUCCCUCCCUCCCUACUCCUCCAUUUGUCUUAUUUUCUCUCUCCAUCUAUGCGUCUCCUUUGCUAAUGUUUCACAGAUGAUGUUCACAGCUCUGUUGACACCCGGAAUAAGUGUAGGUGCACCAGACUGCCCUGCCCAAUAAGGGGCAAGGGAUUGCACAGGGGACUAUCCAAUCAAAUAAAUGGGGAAUUAUUUUUUUGUUUUCUUGUUUAAAUCAUUCCCUCUUCUUUCCUGCCAACACACAAGGAGGGUGAACCUUAACCGAACUGGAAGUGAGAGAAAUUGUGUGUUGAAACAGUGAAAAUCCAUAAUGCCCCCCCCCACACCAGAAACUGGUAAGUAGGUAAAGGGGAUGAGGGGUUUUGAUUUGUAUGCAUUGCGGUUACUUGAAAAGGGCAAAAAAAGAAAUACUGUGAAAAACAUUGAGAUCCAGUCUAGAAUAAGUAGCCAGCUCCUUGGUUUAUGAAACACACAUCCAUUUCAGAGGCUCUGCUCUCACCCAGGGUUAAUAUUAGUGUUCAAUGCAUGUCUUGUCUGACUAUCCUGGAGAAUUCAGGGCUUUGUGUCCCACUGGAUCCAAGGCACACACAGACCACAGAUGACAGUUUAAAUGAGAUUCGGUAAUACAUCAAAAGGCUUUUUUUCUUUUUCUCUCUCAUCCGUUAGAUCUGACUGGCAGCUCGCGUUAUAGGACAUUUGAAACGCUCGAACGAGACCCGAUCUAUCAUCUUCCUGGUUGACGUUGCAGAGUGCUCGUUUUAGGAGAGAAAUGCGCAAACAACAAAAGCAAUCACUACAUCUGAAGUUAGUAAUGGGUUCAUUUCCCCAUUGUGGGACGAAAAAAGGUAUAUCAUCUUAUUUCCUCAAAACUAAAAGGGUUGACAGAGCAGGUGACUGUGCAGACUACACUAAAGGUAUUGGGGAUAAAAAAAAAAAAAAUUACAAGCAUUUGUACCAUCUUUACAGUUGAGUGAAUACUGUGACAGUUGUGAAACGUAGGAAAGGAUAUGGGCUACUAGCCACACCAGUCAGUUUACCUGCUGUGUGGGCGGUGCUUACGGCUCAACCACUGUGACCGAGGAACCCAGAGGAACCCAGAGGAACACCGAGGAACCCCGAGGAACCCCGAGGAACCCCGAGGAACCCCGAGGAACCCAGAGGAACCCAGAAGAACCCCGAGGAACCCAGAGGAACGUGACGGCGUGGGGUCUGGGCAUUCCAUCACAUCAAUUUUGAGCUUUCAGUUCCAGUAACAACCACCCAUCACUGGGGUGAGUCGAACCUGUGACCUAUUGAUUCAUCUGAACCUGUGACCUAUUGAUUCAUCUGAACCUGUGACCUAUUGAUUCAUUUGAACCUGUGACCUAUUGAUUCAUCUGAACCUGUGACCUAUUGAUUCAUCUGAACCUGUGACCUAUUGAUUCAUCUGAACCUGUGACCUAUUGAUUCAUCUGAACCUGUGACCUAUUGAUUCAUCUGAACCUGUGACCUAUUGAUUCAUCUGAACCUGUGACCUAUUGAUUCAUCUGAACCUGUGACCUAUUGAUUCAUCUGAACCUGUGACCUAUUGAUUCAUCUGAACCUGUGACCUAUGGAUUCAUCUGAACCUGUGACCUAUUGAUUCAUCUAACCAAAUUACAAAGAAUAUAAAUACAAAAUACAAAUAAAAAGCCACAACUGACUUCAAAGGGAGAAAAAACGUCAGUAAGAAAAUGUUUAUCCAUCACAUGAAGCUUCACCCCCCCCCAAACAGAUUUAGAAAGCUGUGCAAGACAAUUAAAUCCCCUUUAUGCUGAAGCAAAGUAGGCAAUUAUAAAAAUCUAUUUCCAAACUAUAUUUAUAUGCGUACCAUACAAUAUCAAAUAUUCAACAUAUUUUUUAGGCAUUUUAAGCAAAUGUGAGUCAUGAAUUUUUAUAACACAUGAAUAAUUUAGCCACAGCCUUCCUCCCCUCAAUGACUCCCCCUCUCAUUUCUUCUACCUCUUCUCUAGUUCUCUUCCCCUCCCUCCUUCUCACCGUUAAGUCUUGCUUUCUCCUCCCUAUCCGCUUGUACAGAUGGGUUUGGUGUUAAAAUAUAUAUAUGAUCAAACCCGGCGAAGACGAGAGUGUGGUGAGAGAGGAUGAGUUGGAUCUCCCCACACACACACACACACUAACCCCAGCAGACAGCUCCAGCUGGAUCUCUCUCGGUGAAUCAGUUUCCUGCCUUCCAGAACCCCGCUUGGCAGCAACCCUCCUCACCACGGCGCCAAGCCUGAAAUCUUAAUCAGGGUUGUAGCUUGUUUCCUGUUGGCAUGUGGUUUGACAUCAACACGGUGUGAUGCUGACCCGCACACACGCCACCUGCACACGCCACCUGCACACGCCACCUGCACACGCCACCU